ACCGGCAGCUUCGACAUCAAGAUUGUUCACGGUGGCAGAACUGCAAACUUUACUCAUUCCCACCAUCCUUACGGGCACAAUAGUAUUAUAAAGCGACAAUUCGGAACGGUACUAAGACCAUACUGUCCCGUUCAACCGUCUUGAUAGCUAUGAGAUAAAAUACCAUCUACACGGCCGCCCUCACGACCUUCUAGCCUCGCGAACAAAAUUAUCGUGCACACGCCGCCACCAUGGCUGCCGCGCCCAUGCCGUCGCUCCAGCUAGGCGACUACUUGGAGAAGCUGCCCGGUACGACGUUUAGAAAGCUCUAUCAGCAACCGUCAACGGCCUUUGCCAUCUUCAGGAGGAUGCUGCCUCACCUUGCGAAAACACUCGUGAUGCGCAUGCUAUAUAUGCCCGAUCCUAUGACAUUAACGGAUCUGGACGCUUGGGUCAAGCCAGAAUCCAAGUCUCAGAAAGACCAUUCCCUCGCGACCCUCAAGCUAUACCACAUUAUCCAAAUCACAUUCCCAUCGCGAGAUCAGCCGCAAGAGGUCCAGUUGACAAAUAACUUCAAAACAUCGUUACGACUAGCUCUUACCGGCGGCGGAAACCACAACUCCUUCGGCGUCCCGUCCACGCUGCUCAUCCCUCCCGAGAUCGACGGCGGAUUCCUCGACCGAUAUGCCCGCCGCAAGUGGGACGAGAUUCUACACUACGUCGUCUCCAGCGUCGGCUACAAGAAUGUCAGCGAUAAUAUCGGUCCCAACAAGAGCGUUAAAGAUCUCCUUGCUGCCGGCCGACUUGUUGACCGACGACCAAACGGGAGCGUAGGCAUCACGCAAUCAGGCUUCACUUUCCUCUUGCAAGAAGCCAAUGCCCAGGUCUGGACGCUUCUGCUCCUUUGGCUAGAAGCCGGCUCUGAAGCAGUUGAUAUGCUCUCCUUCAUCUUCAUGCUGGCCAGUCUAGAGCUUGGCAAGGCGUACGAUACCGACGCGCUGACGGAGAGUCGCAGAGAUAUGCUCCCUUAUCUCACCGACUUUGGUCUGGUGUAUAUCCCACCGCAAAAGCGCUCCAUGUUCUUCCCUACCAGACUUGCCACUACACUGACGAACGGCGGUAGCAGCCUACGUAGCAUUUCUGACGGUGUUGUAGCUGCAACAUCCGCCGCCCUCAAUGGCGCCAGCUCAAAUAGUACUGCAGCUCAGGGCCCGUUGGGAGGUGCUCCCGAACAGAAGGGCAGCGUGGUUAUUGAGACAAACUACAGACUCUACGCGUACACACAAUCCACCCUCCAAAUUGCCGUCCUUGCGCUCUUCGCAAAGCUCAACAUGCGAUUUCCAGACAUGGUUGCUGGCCGCCUCACCCGCGCAUCUAUUCGGCAGGCCAUUAACUUUGGUAUCACGGCUGAUCAGAUUAUCGCAUAUCUUGCGGCUCAUGCCCACGAGCAGAUGCACCGCACUGCCACCCUGACAAACAAGCCAGUUUUACCACCCACGGUGGUCGACCAAAUUCGCCUGUGGCAGCUCGAGAAUGAGCGUAUGAAGACCACGGCUGGCUUCUUAUUCCGUGACUUUGAUGACCGCGAAGAGUUUGUCGACACGGCACGGUUUGCGGAAGAGAUUGGUGUGCUUGUUUGGAGCAACGAAAAGACAGGCAUGUUCUUUGCAAGCAAGCACGAGCAGAUUCGUGACUAUCUCAAAAGCCGCAGAAGAGCCGAGUAAAAGUAAAAGUUUCCCAUCAUUAAACGGCGUUUUUCUUGUAUUUCUGGAGUUCAAGGGAUCAUGACAUUGAUAUUAUAGCUUCUCUAAGCCACAAGGCACAGGUAGAGACAGAGAGACAGCAUGUAGAUAUUAAACAAUUUCUUUAAAUAAGGUAUCAACUGUAAGCCCU